AUGGGCCGUCUGGAUGGACUGCCAGCUGGAACGGUGGCGGUGCAUGUGCGAACCAGUGUGGACAAGACCACGAACGAAUCUUGGAUGGGCAAGCCGGAGAUGGACAGACUGUCGUUCGACACGUACAUGGAGAAGGUCCACAUGUUGGUGGCGGGCGAGAGGGGCGUCAGAGUAUUGCAUGAGAACUAUUCGGACACAGCUCAAUGCUUUCGAUACAUGCCGUCUGCGUUUGCGAGGCGCCUCUUGUUCUUCAACACAGAAGACGAGGUAGAGGUGCGAAGAGCGAUGUCCCUCGCAGAGGGCAAAUCGAGCCAAGCCUGGGAUGUGUCGUUCUGCACGGCUAAUCGGACGAACGAGGGCAUAAUCACACGAAAACGCAAGUUUGGAAUUAGGAAUAUAGUGAUAGAGUCGUUGCUCAACUUGGAGUUGUUCCUGGAGGCUGACGCAUGGAUUUGCACGCUUGCAUCAGCAUGGUGCGCGAUCAUUGACGAGUUGAGGAUGACAGUUGGUGGUAAAGCUUCAGCCCCGUUCAUUGAUUUGGCCUUCAAGCGACCAACGCGUUAUCACAGGGGUUGUCCUGAAGGCAUGCCGCUCUGUUAUUCAGGAUGGUAG